UAUCAAAAAUUUAUUUUCCGAUAAAUAUUCAACAGAUUCACUGCACUCACUCGAAUUAACAAGAAAAAGAAAAUAUACAUAACUUAUAAGUAAUGGGAAAAUUAAUCGAACAAAUCGCCCUGCAAGGACAUAAGGGUAGAAUUUGGGGUGUUGACUGGCAUUUCAAAGGCAAUGCAUUUGCUUCUUGCGGUGAAGAUAAAACAAUACGUAUCUGGGCACAGAAUGGAAGCAAUUGGACAACAAAGACUAUCCUCUCCGAUGGACACCAACGCACAAUACGAGAAGUAGCGUGGUCACCUUGUGGACAGUUUUUGGCAUCGGCUAGUUUCGAUGCCACAACUGCCAUUUGGAGUAAAACAUCAGGGGAAUUCGAAUGCAAUGCAACUUUGGAAGGCCACGAAAAUGAAGUCAAGAGUGUCAGUUGGUCAACGUCAGGCGGUCUCCUUGCCACUUGCAGUCGCGACAAAUCCGUGUGGAUCUGGGAAGUUGCUGGUGAUGAUGAAUUUGAAUGUGCGGCUGUGAUGAAUUCCCAUUCGCAGGAUGUGAAGAAAGUCGUCUGGCAUCCUUAUGAAGAGGUCCUGGCUUCGGCCAGUUAUGACAACACUAUCAAGCUCUACAAGGAGAACACUUUGGAUAGUGACUGGGAAUGCACAGCCACUUUGGCAUCGCAUACUUCAACCGUUUGGAGCAUUGCUUUUGACGAAUUCGGAAAACGGCUGGCAUCGUGUUCGGAUGACAAAACUAUAAAAAUAUGGCAAUCCUAUCCUCCAGGCAAUGAAGAGGGCAUCCCCACACCUGACAACGAAACAAUCUGGAAGUGUGUGUGCACUAUUUCAGGUGAACACACGCGGGCAGUGUACGACAUAAGUUGGUGCCAUAAGACUGGACUUAUAGCCACGGCAUGUGGUGACGAUUCGAUUCGCAUAUUCAAGGAGGACGAAGGUUCGUCCAAGAACGAACCCAAUUUCUCCCUGGUAACCGCUGUCGAUAAGGCACAUUUGCAGGACGUCAAUUGUGUGAAGUGGAAUCCCGCAGUACCUGGACAACUUAUGUCGUGUAGCGAUGAUGGGAACAUAAAGAUUUGGAAUUUUGUUGAAUAGAUGGAGAAUUUGUCGAAGCGAGAGAGCGAAAUAUAUUUUUAUUGAAAAAGA